AUGGUCGCAUCCAAACUCUACUUGCACGAAGAGUUUACCAAAGACAUUUAUUCUACUUCAGACCAAUUGAGAAAAGAUUCCAAGAAUAUCUACAAUAGAUUAAUGUCAAUCAAUGAAGAUGCCAUGUUUGUUAAUAAAGUAGCCGAACUGUGGCCUUUGUAUCCGUUAAUCGCCAAGCAAUCGUAUCUUAAUUACAAUAAGGCUCAUCGACAUUCAGUCUAUUUCAAAUCGACUGACGGACACAUUGGGAAAUGGAGUUUCAAUCUGCGUCGACUCAAUGCACAUCUUUUGGGUGUGAUAAUUGAGAAUGGCGGCUGUAUUAUAGUUGAUUCAACACAAAGCGGCAAGAAAUUUCCAGAUGCAUUGUCAAAAACUAUUCCCAUUUGGUGUGCAACUAUAAACAACGCCAUUCAGCAGUUCAGACAGAAUGUGUCCAAGUCUGCAACUGAUGAUAAAAGUCAGACAUGUGAAUGGGAUGUCGAGUUUCAUUCCUUAUCAGUAGUCUCCAAGUCCGAAAGUGAUCAAAUAAGAAAACUCAUUCCUCAAUUUGCUAAAAGAUUUUUGAACUCUGGCUUUGAUAUAGCUGAACUCUCCUCCAAGCUUUCAAAGCCACUUCGCCCGCUCCGGAUCAGCCCAGAUUCUAAUAUACUAAACGACGACACUGUAAAUUAUACAGAUGCACCAUUUUAUCCAUUAAUAUGUGUAAGUGCAUCAAAGACGAUUUCAACCAAAAUGGAAUACCAUUACAGUGGAACCACAAAGUAUUCGUAUGUCCAGGGGGCAGCAGAUGACCAAGAGACAUGGGCGAUGGGACUUACGCCUACACUGUUCUGGGAACAUCGUGAUCGAUUACUCCAAACUCGAGAUGCGGCCGAGUGCGAGAGAAUUGUAAAGGACAUUGUCGAUGCACAAUCACAAAUGGAACAAUCGUUCCAUCUUUAUGCUAUACAUGACAUAUUACCGGACUCGUAUCAUUUUAUUGGAAAUACAAACAUAGCGAUUGGCAAUAGGAUGAGUGGAUGUCCGCCUGCAUGUUGGAAUCAUUUUGACUAUAUCGUUAACUGUACGCCUCAAGAGUUUAAUGAAUGUUUGCCUCAAAAGAAUUAUCUGCUACUACCCAUUCCGGAGGGUAAGAAAGGUCAACAUAUUUUAUAUAACAUGUUACCAAAGGCAAUAGAUUUCUUGAGUGAGCCGUUAAAAGGGGGAAGGAAAAUCCUAAUCCAUUGUAACCAGGGAGUUGAUAGAAGUGUUGGUAUUGCACUCGGAGUGAUUGUGACAUUUUUUGAUGACGAAGGGAACCUUAUGGAAGAAAGAGUAGAUCACAAAGGUGGAGAGCAUAACAACGAAUAG